AUGGGUGAGCUUUCUGUCCCUCUUUUCCUCCGUAAAGUUUGGUGUGUCGUGUGCAUGCACUGCGUCGCUGCACUGCACUGCACUGCAAAAUAGGCAUUAACAUAGAUUGGAACGUGGCACAUUCUGCCUCCUUGGAUUCUUAUCAAGUCUCUUAAUUUUUUACAGCUCAUCUAAUAAGGGUUUCAGCAUGGUCUCUCGGUACGAAGGUUCCGCUCAUCGUCUACACAGCAAUCUUGUUUCUGGGAGUCGCAGCCGCCGGUCUGUUUCAACUUCUUUCGAAAAAACUUCAAUUUAUGAUUUUUUUUUUCUUUGCUAAAUUUUUUGCGAAAUCCCGUUACACUAGCUUUGUAGGGUUUCUUCGAAGGGUGUCGUUUAUUCCAAGGCUGUUCGGUGGCCCAUGUUGAUUUGGUUGUCGAAAUUGAAGAAACACGAAUUAAUUUUGCCUUUAAGCGUUCUCUCAGAAAAUCAAACGCCAAAAGAUUUUGUAAAAAAUUUCAUCUUCGUUCCUGAGAGCUCUUCUCGCUAUCAUAGAAAGUAAACAACCUCCUGAAUAUUUAGAACAAAUCCUAUUUUAAUAGGCUCAAAAGCUUAAAAGCUAACUUCACUUUCAGGCUUACUGUAGGAAAACACCGUGAAAACCAAAUCUUAGUGAAACAAAUUAGUCUGAACCAAUUCUAAAAGAAAAUAAUUUCUUAUCAGGGAUGACGGGGGUUUUGAUCUUGAGACGAGAUCUAAACAAAACAAAUUUUUAAAAAGGUCAAUUUUUAGAGGAAAAGCGUUUCGUUUUGUAUUUAGUUUAUCUUGAAAUGGCCUUUUUCCAGAUACAUGCUGCAAACGAUCUGUUCUGAGCUAUAGUACUGGUACUGCCGUUCCGCCGGAGUGCGAGAGAUUGAAAUGCUUCGAAGCGUCGAUUCAUAUCGAAAAGCCAGAUGUUCAAAGUUCAUCGCCGCUCAGCUUCAUCCCGACGACAACGAAAACUGGCACUCUGACUAUCAUCGACAACAAGGAUCUUGGGACUCUCACGCUCAAAAGUCUCGUGGAAGUUGUCCACAAAGGGCUGGGUCAGUUCUUAUUCAUAUCUUCAUUGGCUUAAAAUAACGUUUUUUUAAAUCCAUUUUUUCAUUUGAAUUCUCUUCUAACAUUCAACUUCUUCCUAGAGCCCUAAUAGCAAACAAUUUGAGUUUCGAAGAUAAAAAUCUUGUGUUUGAAGGACCAGCGAUAUAUUUGGAGGAUGCCCGUUUGGAUGAUUCAUCAUUCUUAAACUUCCAAACGAUCACCGUAGAUGACAUUCGACCGUACUGUGUCAACAAGGACCUCGUCGUUGUCAAAGGGAAUUCGAAGGAAAUCUGGAAAGACCGAUUGGAAAGUGUCGCCAACAAAGUAUGUCGCUUGAAUGUUCAUCAGAGACCCCCUUCUAGAAAAUUUAUUCAACUUUUUGAGAAUUUUUCGUAGUGCAAUCGUCUGUUUUUACCCGCUAACAAUCAAAACAUAUCUUUUUAAAAUGGAAAAAAAGAACAAAAAUUUUCACCUUUACAAUGCAAAAGUUGUGCUUCUUGAGGCUUUCCGCAAUUUCAAAAUUGAGUUCCGCCUAUCUCUAAUAUCUGUUUCUCUAACUCUUCCUUUUCCAGAUGCUUUCGAAAUGCUCAACACUGACAACGACAGUCGCGACCACGACUUCGAUCCUCACGACUACGACGACGAAGACUACGAAGAUGGCUGGCAACCAAACGACGUCUCUCCGUUCUUCCACCAACUCGCCGCUGGUUUGCGCCCCGGCUCAGACCAACCCCAAGGCUGGCGCUGCGGUUGACGAAGACAAAGUUUGCCCUAUCAAUUGUGAGUUUCCUAAAAAGGUUUUAUAAGAACUUCUGUUUGAAUUAAUCAUAUUGGAGGAAAACGUUAGCUGGCCUCGUCUCUUUUUUUUCGUUUUUGAGACAAAAAAUUCCGUCGAAAAUCGUUUGUCCUUACAGAAAAAAAGUUUCUUAUUUUUCGGUCUACAACCUCAUUGAAAAUAGAAUGAGUUUAAGAAAUUGAAAACCUUAUUCUAUUUCUCGAUGAAGUGGCUCUCAAACAAAAACUCGGAGAGCCGAGCUGAAAUUGAGAAAAAAAGGCUUUUUUUGGCGAAGUGAUCGCUUUGCGGGGUGUUCUGUUUCAUCAGAAACUCUAUUGAAAUUUUCUGAAUUUUGAGUUUUCCAUAUUAUAGUCCUAAGAAACUUGAAUAGUUAUCAGAAUUCAGCAGACGUUUCAAAUUACAGAUAUUUUGGUCGCCGUAGCAGUGGUCGCCCUUCUGAUCAUGAUUUUGGGCCUGGUGAUUGUCUACAUUUGGGCAUCGAGAAUGGCUGCCUUGAAGGAAAAACAGGAAAAGAAAACGGAAAUUGCUCUCGCGUCUAUCAGUGAGUAUUUUGUGAUGUUUAUUGAAUUGAGCAUUCUAGUCUCCUUUCUAGAAACAAACUUGUUUGGAAGACUGUAAUGCUUUGAUUCCGACCCACAUUUUUACCACAGCGAAGCUUUAAAUAUUUUUUCAAGUGGUUUUUUGUUUAAUCAUACCUAAUAAGGAGGUCAUUUUACUAUGUGGUUAGUGGUUUUUUGUUAACGGUCAGAAUCUCAUCUGCCCGAAUGUUCAGUUUCUAAGGUAUAAUGGCUCAAUGCCCUGAAUUGGCCGUUUUUGGAGGGGUUUGAGUGAUUUCUCUGACUUUGAAGGUUUAUGAAAGAAUGGAAAACUGAGCAGGCUCUUUUUCUUGCCAAGUAAAAUUAGCUUCCUUGCAAAUUUGUAACAAUUUUUGUUUGAUUUUUGAUUCAAAUUCUCGAUCUAAUUAUCUGACUUGAGGCUCAUACGCAACGCAGCUCAUCUGUACAAUCAUGGCGACGCAGUCGGAGCACGAUCACAAAAUCCGUUAGUUCCUCAGUUUUUGGCGUGUUUCAUUUGAGAUUUCAGUUGAAUCGAUCCCUCUCUUUCGUCCAUCGAAGGUCGCCCGUCUCAGUUAGUUGACUUUUUAUUCUGCGUUUAUUCAGAGAAGUUGAGAAAGUAGUUCUAUUCUAUGAAUAAUAUCCUAUUUCGGGAGAAUCAACCUUGAGUAAUAAUGAAAAAAAAAAAUCGUCGUCCUAAAUUUGUUCCCGACGCUCUCAACAACUUUGAGCAGAAAAAUUGAGUUUUUGGAAGAUAAAAAGACCAAAAUGCAGCUCUCAGAAAGUCGAAGAUGGCUAACAACGAGGCGUGAAUUGUUUUGAUUUCGAAUUUUAGGAAAUCAGAUGAAGUUUUGGCACCGGAUAAGUAUCACUCAGUUGGACAAGUUCAAGUCUAACAAAAUUGUGAAUCCCGAAGUUGACUUUGCGAAAGUUCCAAAAUACCCCAAGGAUGACGGUGUCAAGGUCCUAGAUGCGAAUCCAGAGUUCGAUGAAGCUCUAAGAAAGCUGGAGAUCGUCAAAAAAGCUCACGUGGCCGGCGAACAGUUCCAAGCACCCAAGGAUACGAAAGUCGUCUCAGACUUUCGUCGAAAGAAUCCUACUGAAGAUAUGAAAGUACUGGCGAAGAAGUGUGGGGUUUUGCCGAAGGAACCAGAAAAUGGCAAGAAAUUGAAAGAGAAUGCCAAACAGCCCUGGAAAGGGUACGAAAAAAAGCCUGAAGAGCAAAAUCGGAAAAAGGCCGGCGAGGAUACGCCUCUCAGCAAAACCAAUACCACCACACCAAAAGCUGAGCAGAAGAGAAACGAGUCUAAGAAAGUCGCACCAAAAAUGGAAGACAAGAAGAACGAGGCGCCUGAGAUUGAGCCAUUGCCGCAACUGUUGCCGCUGGGUCGAGUCGACAGAAAAAACUGCAAGCCGCUGGUGAUUGCUCCGAACUCCCCGGUCUACUUCCCCGAAUUUGAUAUGCCGUCGAAAGUUUUGAGUGAGUUUUCUUCGAUUCGUAUUCUUCAAAAUUAGAGAAAAAUGGUUUCAUUUGAUAGGAAACGAACUUUGAUCAAUUUUCUGAAUUAGUCGAAACCAUUCCCGAUUGAGGGAAAAUUUUCAAUGAAAAGAGAUGCUUGGAAAAACUUGACAAGUCCCCUGAGGUUCUCUUUGAAGCAUCCUCUAAUGAACAUUUUAUUUUUUAAUCUUGAAGCAUGUAAAAAAAGAACUUUAUUUGUUUUUAAAUUUUUAAAAAUGUUAUGAAGUCGAUUGGAAGAGAAAUCGUGCUUCAGCAUUUUUUCACUACUUCUUCUCUCGAUCGUAAGAUGAAAAGGAAGACUUUUUUACAGGGGACGCUUUUACCGUGUUCACGUUGAUGUGCCAUCAGUUCGAUAAAUUUUUCGUGACUCACAAAGAAGGUGAACAAAGAGUUCCAACUUGAAGGAAAUCUGUUUUUCGCUUUUAGUUCUGGUUAUACUCAAUGAAGCGUGUCAACAAACGACUGCAAUUUCUGACCGAGAAAUCUUGGAGACCGUUGGUAUUGAAAACAAGGACCCGAAAUCGAAAUUGCCGUCGAACAAAACGGAGAAACCGAUAUGUAAAGAUGUGCUCAAAGACGAUUUUGAUGUUUCGAGUGAGAUUCGAUGUGCAAGGUGGUAGUCAUCACGUUGUCCUCUGUUCCAGAGUUUUUCGACGAACUGGUGCAGCUCCGCGCCAAAUGCGACUCGAAGGACAAGGAGCUGUACAACUUGUUAGAGGAGCAGGAAAGAAUCCGCGCUUUGCGCUUGCAUUCCGCUGCGAAGAAUUAUUUUUACUUCUUUGAUAGUGGGUUUCGUCUUUUUUUCGGACGCGAGUUUCCGUAGGAGUAGAAAAAUGAGUAACAAAUAAUUUCUUAAGAGAAAAGGCCUGUAAUUUCUGACCUUCUAUUAAGUUGCCGAAGACUUCCAAAGAAAAAUCAAAAAAAAGUUUUCUUUUGAAAAUUCGUGAUAGCCGUUUUAUUUUUCCAGUGAACGUGAAGUGCUAAAAACAAAGAAAUUCAGUUUUCUGAACUUUUUUUGGUUUUUCUAGAAUCACAGCCUCUUUGCCUCAAAAACGAGUUUUUCAGAGACGACGAGGCUCAAUGAAGCCAUUCUGCCCGGCGAGACGCCUCUCACGAUGAGAAAACGUCAUAUAAGUUGAGAUUUGGUCGUUUUCAAUCUUGAUGGAAUGUUUCCAGAGGAUAAGCAGGUUGCUCGGAGGAUCGGCAUUCUCUGCAAUGCCCGUCACUGGAGAAUCAACCCGGUGAAGAAGGCCCCCAGAGACUACGUUGAGAUGAAGAAAGCACUCCCACAUCCAACGGGUCCGGACGACAAAAUCGAGAAGUGCAGCAAGAACAAGAACAAGAAGAAAUGA